AUGGGUAACUUUGGAUUCGUCGAAUUUGAAUCAUCCAGAGAUGCCGAGGAUGUUAUCCGAGACUUCAACAACAGACCAUUCAUGGGUGAAAAACGUGAUGUCUACGAUGCCCGUCCUCCUAGAAGUGCCGGACCUCCUCGAAAAGGUGUCCGAAUCGCUGUAAUUGGUAUUCCCAGUUCAACCAGCUGGCAGGAUCUCAAAGAUUUCGGUCGACUUGGUGGAAACAACAUCAUUUACGCUGACGUCGAUAGAAACAACCCUGGUCAAGGUAUCAUCGAAUACCCCACUUUGGAAGACUGCGAGGAUGCUGUCAAACGUCUCGCUGGUGUCGACAUCAACGGCGCACCUAACCCUGCCGGUGCGGAUGAUGCCAGACGAGCUGAUACCGAUCGUCGACCACCUCGUGAUUACGAUGAUCGACGAUCAUACAGAAGCUACGACGACCGUCGAGGACCUCGUGAUUACGAACGACGAGACUACGAUCGUCGAGAUGAUAGAAGAGAGGAUCGAGGUUAUGACAGAAGAGACGAUAGAAGAGACGACAGAAGGGAUGAUCGACGAGAUGAUCGAUACACUCCCAGAGACAGAUCUCCCCGAAGGGAAUUUGACGCUCCUAGAAGAGAUUAUGAUGACCGAGCUCCUCGAGCUGAUCGUGAAUAG